AUGGGAGCUCCGGCCUCUGCCGGGGCGACCUCGACGGCUGCGGCAGGGCAGCCGACUCGAUCCUCGAGCACCCACCCUUCUCACUCCCACAAUGUUCCUUUGAGCGCUCGGAGGUCCGCGCCUCUCGAUCUGUCGACUGUGGAGCGACGAGGACAACCGAACAACCCCAAGGAACCAUCCAAGCGCAUUCGUCCCCAUGGAAUUCCCGAAGCUCCGACCUUCCGGCCGACAGAGGAAGAAUUUAAAGACCCCGUGGCCUACAUACAGAAGAUUGCACCGGAAGGCAGGAAGUACGGAAUCUGCCGGGUGAUCCCCCCAGAGGGCUGGCAACCGACUUUCGCUAUCGAUACCGAGCGAUUUCACUUCAAGACCCGUCGACAAGAGCUCAAUUCGGUCGAAGGAGGAAAUCGCGCGAACAUGAAUUACGUCGAUGGACUCGCCAUGUUCCACAAACAGCACGGAACGAAUUACAGCCGACUCCCAAGUGUCGAUAAGCGACCGUUAGAUCUUUACAAGCUCAAGAAGGCCGUCGAAAGCCGCGGGGGCUUUGAGUCGGUGUGCAAGUUGAAGAAAUGGGCGGAAAUAGGCCGUGAUCUCGGAUACAGCGGCAAGAUUAUGUCUUCAUUGUCGACCUCUCUCAAGAAUUCCUAUCAGCGUUAUCUUCAGCCUUACGAAGAAUACUUGGCCCGCGCUAAACCUGGGGUCCAACAACAGUUGGAACUGGAACAUGGCGGACCAUACACUCCGUCACCUCUUCCAUCUCCAAUGGCCAUGGCCCAAAGACCCACGACGGAAGACAACGGUACACCAUCUAAAGUCCGCGAUGAGACCCCCAACAUACCUCGGGCGAUUCCUUCACAUACCCCGAUGGCACACACCCCAUUGGGAAAUACCCCAAUGGGUCAUACACCAGUGGCACAUUCUCCGAUGGAAAAGUCCCCUGAAAAGCCUACACCUCCCGUCGAAUCCACUCCUCGUCCAGCUGCCACGGGCUUUACCCCUGUCAACACCGGGCUCGGUGGUUUCACUGCAGUCAACCGCUCACCAUUCACCCCGACCAGCAAUGGCCCACCGAUCAAGCGGGAGGGUGAGAAUGGCACGUCCACACCGCAAGUUGAACGUGAUGUUUCUGUGCCCAUGAAUGGCCAACCCGACGAGCCUCUGAAGCGCUCCAUCAGCCACGAUGAAGGUUCCCAAACAGAGAACGGCGAUGAAGAUGGUGACAAUGAGCGUCGUAGCAAGCGUUUGAAAAGGGAUUCGCUCCCUACCGUUGCAGGAUCUCACAUGUCCCUUCUUCGCCCGCCUCUACCUAGGCCCCGCAAGGAUGGAUCUCAACCAGUGGGAGAGAAAUGCGAAACUUGUGGCAAGUCAGACAAUCAGGAAUCUAUUCUUGUUUGUGAUGGCUGUGAGCUUGGAUACCACACAGAAUGCUUGGACCCGUCAACUACAACGCCAUCGGAACAUGACUGGCAUUGCCCAAAAUGCUUGGUUGGCACCGGGGAAUUCGGCUUCGAGGACGGAGGUGUUUACUCGCUCAAGCAAUUUCAGGAAAGAGCCAAUGAUUUCAAGAAGAAGUAUUUCGCCUCCAAAAUGCCGUUUGAUCCCGUACUCAACACGCAUCGACGUGAGACGGAAGAUGAUGUCGAAGCCGAAUUUUGGAAACUUGUCGUCGAUCUACAUGAAACCGUCGAGGUUGAAUACGGUGCAGAUAUCCAUUCGACUACCCAUGGAAGUGGUUUCCCGACUGUCGAACGCAACCCGCUAGACCCCUUUUCAUCUGAUCCUUGGAAUUUGAACGUACUUCCAUUCUAUGGAGAUUCUCUCUUCCGUUAUAUCAAGUCUGAUAUCUCUGGAAUGACCGUCCCCUGGGUCUAUGUCGGCAUGUGCUUCUCAACUUUCUGCUGGCAUAACGAGGACCAUUACGCCUACUCAGCAAACUAUCAGCACUUCGGCGCCACCAAAACCUGGUACGGUAUACCAGGUGCGGAUGCAGAGGCAUUCGAGACCGCUAUGCGCGAGGCAGUUCCUGAGCUCUUUGAGGGACAACCUGACCUGCUGUUCCAACUCGUCACUUUGAUGCCGCCCGACAAGCUUCGCAAGGCUGGUGUCAACGUCUACGCAGUGGAUCAGCGGGCUGGUCAGUUUGUGCUCACGUUUCCCCAGGCGUACCAUGCGGGCUUCAACCAUGGCUUCAAUUUCAACGAAGCAGUGAACUUUGCCCCGACGGACUGGGAGCCUUACGGUGCUGCGGGUGUUGAUCGUCUUCAAAACUUCCGCAGACAUCCGUGUUUCUCCCAUGAUGAACUUCUUUUCACAGCUGCUGCUCGGGAUACUUCAAUUGCUACAGCCAAGUGGUUGGCGCCUGCACUAGCAAGAACAUGUGCCCGAGAGAUUGGUGAAAGAGCUGCCUUCCUUUACCGACAGAAGGAGAUAGCUGUUCGCACCCCUGGUUCUGGCAUUGUGUCUAUGUCAGAUACUUUCGAACCCAAAAUUUUUGUUGAUGACAGCAAUAUCCCAGAGGAUCAAUCCCAGUGCCACCACUGCAAGGCCUAUGCUUACCUCACGCAGUACUUUUGUUACAAGACAGGCAAAACUUUCUGCCUGUUACAUGUGGAAAGCCACGACUGCUGUGGUGAGACUCCUUCUCAGAAAUUUUCUGAUCGUGAUCAUGGCCUGCGCUACCGGAUGAGUGACGAUGCACUCAAGGCGCUUGUGCAGAAAAUCCAGGAACGGGCCAGGAUUCCAGAAGCAUGGUCCGAAAAGCUCGACAAAACUCUGGAGGAUGAACCAAAGCCCCAGCUGAAGGCCCUUCAUAACUUGCUCAAUGAAGGUGAGAAAAUCCCAUACCACUUGUCUGGCCUCCAAGAUCUUGCGGCAUUCGUCCAGCGUUGCGAUAAAUGGGUUGAGGAAGCCAAUAACUACAUAACCCGGAAGCAGCAAAACCGGAGAAAAAACGAGAAGGCUUGGCGCAGGGCUAGUACAAAGACAGCGCAGCUGGACGAUCGCGAUCGUGAAGUCCGCAGAGUUGAACAUAUCUACGCCCUACUGGCAGAGGCUGAUAAACUUUCGUUCGACUGUCCACAGAUGGCGGCGUUGGAAGAGAAAACCCGCGAAAUCGAGAAAUUCCGCCAGGAUAUUAAUGGUGCCCUGAUGAAUCCACAAUCCCGACCGAUCCAGGAGGUCGAAGAGCUAAUCGAAGCUGGCAAAAACUUCAACGUGGAAAUUCCGGAACUUGAACGCCUGGAGCUGGUCUCUCGCCAAAUCAAAUGGACCGACGAAGCUGCACGGAAACGGGAUCAGUUUAUGAACCUAAAGGAUUGUCAUGAAUUUGUUGCCGGUGCCGAGCAGCUAGGCCUUCCCGAUAAUGACGAACACUUGGUGCAUUUCAAGGAACUUGCUCGCCAUGGCGAUGCGUGGGAAUUGAAAGCCAAGGAAUUGAUGUCAGUUGAAGCUGUGCAUUACCAACAGCUAGAAGCCCUCUCUGCACAGGCAGCUCGUUUCCCCGUGUCACCUGAUACACUAGCGGCCGUGGAGGCUAUAUUGACCAAGCAACGUGAGGCGCAGAGGCGAAUUCAGACUCUGUACGAAAAGAGCAAGGACCCUGAGAUGAAGAACCGCCCCAAGUAUAAGGAUAUUCGCGACCUAAUGGAAACCCUCGAACACUUGACUUCCCGACCCAUUGGAGCAAUCGAUUUGGAGCGAGAACAAAAACGCCACGAAGAUUGGAUGAGGAAGGGCAAAAAGCUUUUCGGCAAGGCCAAUGCUCCACUUCACAUCCUCAGAUCCCACAUGGAGUACGUCGAAAAGCGAAACUCGUACUGCUUCGACCUCGAAGACAGCUACAGACCGCCCGUGGAGCCCUCUUCCCGAGACAACUCACCAGAUGGUCUACUUGAGAAUUCGAGCAAUCCUAAUCCUUGGGGUCCAAAGUCACGCAAGAGAGAUGUGUUUUGUAUCUGCCGCCACUCGGAGGCGGGGAUGAUGAUUGAGUGCGAGGUCUGCCAUGAAUGGUAUCAUGGCAAAUGCUUGAAAAUCGCCAGGGGCAAAGUCAAAGAGUUUGACAAGUACACCUGUCCAAUCUGUGACUGGCGACAGAAGAUUCCUCGUGAUGCUGCUCGACCAAAACUUGAGGAUCUCCAGGACUGGCAUGCGGAAAUCGCAACCCUUCCAUUCCAACCAGAGGAGGAAGAAGUCCUUGAGAGCAUAAUCAACCAAGCAACAGCUUUCCGUGAUUUCUUACAUGGCUUCACCAAUGCUGCUUGUACAACAACCGAGGAAGUGCCCACUUUGAUCUUCUACCUUCGCAAAAUAGAGGGAGCCGAGGUUCUUCUGACCUCUGAGACCAACUUUUUCCGACAGGAGAUCCACAAGUGGGCACCUGUCGCCCCGGAGCCUCCCCCAAUCUUGGACCAGUCCUUGUCCACUCGGAAGCCCCGCCCUACCAAGCAACAGAAAAUGAUGGCUCAGCUUGGAGUGAACCGUCCCGAAGAUCUCCCUGAACAUCUUCGUCCCAAACAUCUUGGCGUCACGAAACGCAAAUCGGUCGAUGUCUCCCAGCAGCCCCCUCAAAACCCGCCUCCUUCUCUGCAGCCGGCGCCAACAACCUCUAGCAGUGGCCCACCUCCCAGUACGGGCCCAACGCUGGCUCAGAUGUCAGAUCCAAAUAUCGCGCCAUACCCAUUUUCUGCCAAUUAUUCAUUGCCUGCUAGCGAUUCCACACCCGCGUUUGCUCCUCUUUCAUCCUCAGCUUUCCUCCCCCAUGCCGUCGCUUCCCAGUCUCCCUCAUUCCUGCCUCGCUCUCCUCCUCCACAGCAAGACAUCGAGACAUCUUUGUUCAGCCCUCCACGAUUUGGACACGAUCCUCAAUUUGCGAGCAGCAGCCCUCGCCAGAAUCUGGAUGACGUGUUUGCGGACCUGACGAAUCAAGAAAUUGACCCUGACGCGGAGCCACAGCCCAUGGAGAACACUCAUGCCAACGAGGCCCUGGAGGCUCUCGUUGUGAGCAACGGCAGCAGCCGUGCUGGGUCCAUCCCACAGGAACCAACUGAGAUGAGUGAACCUCAAGAUGCUCCUAAGCUCGAGAGCGCCGACGUAGAGCUUGAUGACGAUGAACUUUGA